AUAUAAACAAAUCGCAGCCAUAAAACUAUUAUAAUCUAUACAGAUAUCUCUAACAAAAAAAAAAUUAAUAAGUGUGAGAAAAAUUCCUCUCCGAAAGAGUCGGCUACUUAAUAGAUAAAUUUGCAAAAUUUCCGCGUUUCUAUUAUAAACGCUAGUACUGACAACAAACAAAUUGUGGUCUAUAAACACGUUUCUCUCAAUCUAAUUAAAAUAGUAUUAGACCAGUAAGCGAACUGUCUUCAUGUGUUCCAUAUUAUUAAAGCAAAUCUUUCAAGCAGUUGAGAUAUAAAAAUUAACGACUCCGGCAGUAACAAAAAAAUGGACGUAGAGAAGACGGAUGACAUUUUGCGGCCGCUAACCUUCGAAGAAGUGGAUGAAUUAUUUGAAUUAUACAAAAAUAAAUAUGGUAAACAUAAUUUUCAUUAUUUAUUGAUGUACAAUCAAUGUAAAUGGCAUAGACAAUUGGAGGAAAUAGGUGCAGGCAGAGCGCCUAAAGAUGAUAAGUGGGUAUCAUUCCGAAAGUCAUUUUACACUCACCGCAACUGCGAUUUUAGAAAAUAUGGCACUUAUGUUAGUUUGCAUUUUGACCUUAUGCAGAGUAUUUCAUUUCAUUCAUGGGAACCUGACUUUAAAGAGCUUUUUGAAUGUCUUAACAAAACAAAAUUGAUUGAUUGGAAAAGUGGACCAUUAAUAACUAAUGUAGAUCUUAUAUAUUGUGAACAGAUAAAAGAAAUUGCAAAUUCCAAAGGAGCUACUGUUAAAAGAGCACGUACUUGCCAAGCGCUCGUCUUACCGCAUGAGAAAGCAUUAAAAUUACAAUUACAAAGCCUACCCAUUGGUUAUAAAUUUGAUAAACUUCGUUUGGAACAUGCAGCUUUAAUUCACGAAAUAUGGGUUAAUAAUAAAGAAGGUUCUUUGGAAUACAUUAAGGGACUCAUAAAAGUAAACAAAACCUUAGGCAUUUACGAAGAACCGAAUAAUGAGUUAGUAGCUUGGAUAUUUCAAAAUGAUUUCUCCGGUUUAGGAAUUUUACAAGUAAUGCCAAAACAACAACGUCAAGGUUUCGGUAGUUUGUUAGCAUCCUAUUUAAGUAAAAAAAUUGCGGAUUCAGAAGAAGUGGCGGUUACGGCUUGGAUAUUGACAGAGAAUUUCAAAUCAGAGGGAUUAUUGACAAAAAUUGGGUUUGAGAAAACCGUCAUUAAUGAAUGGAUACAAUUAAAUAAAUCUGUAUAAAACUAAAUUCUGGUAAAUUAUAAAAAAAUUAAUAAUAAUAUUUAUGACGACAUGAAAAACUAAGUUA